AUGGAUGUGAGCAAUCUCAAGGCAGGUAGUGUAUGUGGUGGGUCGGGCACCCGAGGGAAAACGGACUGGCUCCUCUCUCAGCAGAAUUCCACAAAGAAGUCAGGGGAAGACUAUUUCGCUUGCAAAUCCCAACCUGUAUCAAGAGAAGCCACAGAGAAACAGCAAGCUUCUGGUGAACCAAAGUUACCAAGACCCUCAGUGAACGGGACCAAACAAAAAAGAUCUAUGAAAGAAGACAAAGAAAAGACAGCACAAGACAAUGCAAGAGUAAGAAUUCGGAAGAAAAUCCCUAUUCCUCCAUUACCUUCCACGCUGCCACCAGUCAACUUGCUUCAUAGAGACGUGGUGCGGGCCUGGUGCCAACAACUGAAGCUGAGCACCAAAGGCCAGAAAUUAGAUGCAUAUAGGCGGCUGUGUGAAUAUGCUUACCCGAAUCAAAUGAAGAACAUUCCCCUCACUGCAAAGGAGGCCAAGAUUCUCACACCAUCACAAAAAAGGUCAAAGAUGGACAAGGGAGAAAUGUUUCUGGAAAAUUCUAAGAAAAAGAGCUCUUCUCAUGGAACCCACCCUCCUGAAGUGGCUACUCCCCCUGAGGGUGGGAUGCAGGCCCUCGUUGGGUCUGAUCCUCUUCCAGAAGGAGUCGAAACGGUGGUUGUGACAACUUCAGCCCCGGAUGCUGUGUUUGCCUCCUGGUCCAGAAUUGCAUCCACGGCUGGGAAGAUGGAGACAGUGGAAUCAACACAAGAUGCCUAUGGUGUCCGGUGGUGUGUGGUCCAUGGGAAAAGUCUGCCUGCAGACACAGAGGGUUGGGUUCGCCUACAGUUUCAUGCAGGGCAAGCCUGGGUGCCUGAAAAACAGGGGAGAGUGUGUGCCCUCUUUCUGCUACCUGCCUGUAAUUUUCCACCCCCACACCUGGAAGAUAAUAUGCUGUGCCCCAAAUGUGUUCGGAGGAAUAAGGUGUUAAUGAAAAGCCUCCAAUGAGAUCACGAUACCAGAAAAAGGGGUACGACUGUGAUUAUAAUUGAUGGUAGGAAGGAAACUACCAUCAACUCAGUGGUGCCACUGACAGCUGGACUGGAAACCACUCCACCCUCCACGCUUCCUGCUGACAGGACA